UAGCAGAGUAGCACUAGCAAGCACUAGCAGUCGCAGUGGUCGCAGUCGUCGCAGUCAGUCAGGUUGUAGUAGUAAUAAUGGCUGCCCCGACGAUGAACAUGGUGAAAUUGCUCAAGGCUGGGCAAGUUGGACGAGUGUUUACGCGUAAUUAUAUGGAACAGUACGUAAAAACAGUAGAGCAACGAUCACAUGUUACCGGAGAUGGUCCUAUAAAACUAUGGAGAAAUAUUACUUUUUUCGUUGCUUUCCCAACAAUUGCGCUUGCAAUGCUUAAUGUUUACUUGAGACACCAGGAACAUCCUCAUGAAGAACAUCCCCCAUUCGUUGCUCAUCAAUAUUUGAAAAUUAUGAACAAGCGUUUUCCAUGGGGAGAUGGUAAACAUUCAUUAUUUCAUAAUCCUAAACAAAAUUACAUACCAGGUAUUGGUUACGAAGAGUAAUUGUUUUGUAAAAUUAUAAAUAUCUAGUUUGUAUCUAUGUAAAUGCAGUUAACUUGUAUUGCUGAAUUGGCAAUAAAAUAAAUAUUUAAAAGGAAACAUUAAUAAAAA